GUCCUUUGACUCGAGGCCCAGCUGCCAGCAUCUAUUUUCUUCCAAGCGCGCUCCGUUAGCGCGAUUGGACCAAAGCGAGUGACUCGUCAAAUGUUGGUCCGAAGCUUCGCGAGCUUGGCUUGGGCUCCACGCACCAGUUUCUCCAGUUCUGUUUGUGUGCUAUCCCAGUCUUGUAAAAUACUACGGUCAAGUUGCGUGCUGGCGGUAUUACUUCAAGCAGGUGGGAAAUACGUUUUGUUUCUCGCGGUUUUCCGUGUGCCUCACCUUCUAUUGCCACGCCGAUCGUGACCCCAUUCCACUUUGCGUGAACGCUUUUCUACUAGUCUUGCUGUUGCACCUUCAGCUUUCAGAGCCACCAUGUUCAUCGAGUGUGGUAAUACCGAUAAUCCUUGCCGGUGCAAGGUUGUCGGGCCCACGCUAGCUUUUGUCCUCAUGGUAGCGGCAGCGGUGGUUGAAUGGCCGGUGGGAGCUGCAGUGUGGAUUUGCAGCCACAAGUCAGGGCGGAAGAUCAUGGGGCAACCAGUGAUGACCGUGUACCCGAAAGUGAAUCAAGCCAUUCCGUUUUAGACCAUUCUUGCCUAGUUAGUAUGACAUAGGUAGGAUGGCGACAUGGAUGAUAUGAAACGGAACUGUACUGUAUGCAUUUCUGGAAAGCAGUGCAGUAGUGACCAAGAUGCAUGGUGGGUGCU